AUGGCCACUUCAAUAUUUAAGGGCUCAAUGCGGGAUCCCUUUCCUCACUCGAACUUCUGUCUGUCCUUGCAUCUUAUGGCAAAUAUCCCCAUUGAUCCUGUCCUCUUGCACGAGGAAGCUUCUGUGAAUCCACCUUCUGUUCUCGACCUUAUCACCGAGAUUCAGGCAAACAACUCAACCGCACCGGCCACCCCACCCAGUCAUGCAUCAUCUCCCGACCCAGAAGAGGAAGAUCAAGCACAAGAACAUCUCUCCGAAGACCAGCCACAUGGUACGCGUCGGACUCGUGAGGAAUAUGAGGGUGAAAACACACGUUACGGUGAACGUCUCGAUGCUGUUGAAUUUGGGCAGCGUUUGAAGCGACAGCGAAACCUCACUCCUCACUCGGAGUCAGAGCUUGCACGUUUUGCAGAGUCUCCACACCUCCUCCAACACACAAUGUAUACCUACGGUUUGCUGCUGGAAUGCCGUGACUACCUUCAGAAACUGUCUCGGGACAGUGAGUACAAGAUCCCCGAUACAUUGCGGGCCACUUUGACGGACUACGUGCACACAUACAUCCUCUCUCCAACCAUUGAGUCCUAUUGCAAGGCUUCAAAUCCUGGCAACAUCUUAGCUGCGAUGCGGCACCUCAAUAUUGCACAAAUUCCUCCUGAACAGGAGACCGGUCGGUGUGCCGUUAUUCGUACAGUCGUCGCGAAGGGUCUCACGGAGUGGCGGAACCACGUGAAAACUCAGAUUUCCAUCUCCAUUGACGCCAAAUCCACCAUUCGUAACCUUGCCGCGCUUGCCCAUGCAUGCAUCAAGACUUGCAGCGCGCGUCCGACCGUUGCGAUGUACAUCCGCCUCGCGUAUAUCCGGCUCAUUUUCGUGAAGUUUUCGGGGCUCAAGGAGGACGCAUUCUGGAACAAGGUUGAUUCGUCUAUGAAGGAGAUCCGUGAGCAGUACAGGACAUCCGGAGCAAUCUACGAUGCGUACCAGGCAGUCUACAGGAAUGACAAGCUCACUUAUGGUGAGCCCGACAACGCCAUGUACCCGAUCGCUCUUGCUACCUCCAUUCCCGCGUUCAUAAACGACCUGAAUGCUGCUUCGAACAGCCGAGGGAAUGAGUGA